CUUUCCUGAUCCCUACUUCGCUCAAGUCGACAGACGCAACAUAGCAUACCUAUAGAAGAAAUUCUACAGGAAGACGGCCAAGAUGUCCAAGAUUUCCGUCGCCGCUGUGCGUCAGCACGUUACUGACCUUCUUGAGUACUCUAACGAGACCAAGAAGCGCAACUUCCUCGAGACCGUCGAGCUCCAGAUCGGCCUCAAGAACUAUGACCCCCAGCGUGACAAGCGUUUCUCUGGCACCAUUCGCCUGCCCAGCAUUCCCCGCCCCAACAUGAGCAUCUGCAUUCUCGGUGACCAGCACGAUAUCGACCGUGCCAAGCACGGCGGUGUUGACGCCAUGUCCGUCGACGAUCUCAAGAAGCUCAACAAGAACAAGAAGCUCAUCAAGAAGCUUGCUCGCAAGUACGAUGCCUUCGUCGCCUCCGAGGCCCUUAUCAAGCAGAUCCCCCGUCUGCUCGGUCCCGGUCUUUCCAAGGCUGGCAAGUUCCCCACCCCCGUCUCCCACUCCGACGACCUUACCGGCAAGCUCAACGAGGUCAAGUCUACCAUCAAGUUCCAGCUCAAGAAGGUUCUCUGCAUGGGUGUCGCCGUCGGCAACGUUGGCAUGACCCAGGAGCAGCUUGUUGGUAACAUCAUGUUGGCCAUCAACUACCUCGUCUCCCUCCUCAAGAAGGGCUGGCAGAACGUUGGUAGCCUUACCAUCAAGGCUACCAUGUCUCCCCCCAAGCGCCUCUACUAAAUGUAGUCAUGGUCUGCUAAGGCAGCGAUUACUUCCUUGCUCUCGUUUGUUGGGGUACAGUCACUAGUCAGCCUUUGAUUAGGUCAUACCGGUUUCUGUUAUUGGGCAGCCGCGAGGGAUGAUGGGUGUCGCUGUUGGACGGUCUACAUGAGGAGCUCCGUAGUUCUGAAGGGUUCAAAUCUAAAGGAAUUGCGGUCCAUAUCUGGUUUCCUUUCUUGCUCAUGCCAUGUGAAUUUCUAAUGACCUGUAUGACUGCGUUGGACGGGAACGUCAGCCGCGCAUUUGUGGCAGCGUUCGAGUCAAGAGACAGCAAGUUCCACGAUAUCCCGGGAACUGAUUCGGAGCCAUUCAUGCUGGAGGAAAUGAUGUUGUCAAGGAUCGCAUGUUGGUACAUAGCGAUGACAAAGGAUGAAUUACUCAUCAACAGGACCACGUCCACAACACCAGCUCCCGAUCGCUGUUUCGGCUGGCGCGAGUUUGAAGUUUUGCCCCGCUGUGCCCCCGCCCCGCCCGAGGGACUGGAAAUCCGGCAUUGCAUUAGGUUAUGGACCGUCAAUCGCGACUCGGUCGUUGUUGAUGACGAAUCAAUCGUCUUUUGCCUCUUGUGCCGUAGGCUAUUUCUUCCGCUAGAUCGAGAAAA